AUGGGCCCACUGCUCUGCUUCUUAGUGGUGCUGCUCUUUGCCGGGACCCAGAGCUGCCCAGAGGUGUGCAGAUGCGAAGCCAAGAAGAAAUACGGGCGCCACAUCGCAGACUGCUCAUACAAAGACCUCCAGGCCGUCCCCGGGGGCCUGCCCUCCAAUGCCACGACCAUUACCCUGUCCGUGAACCGCAUAACCCACCUGUGGGAAGACUCCUUCACGGAUGCCAAGGGCCUGCAGGCUCUCUGGCUGUCCCACAACGAAAUCCGUGCCAUUGCGAAGGGCACCUUUGCCCUGCUGGUGCAGCUGCGGGCCAUUGAUCUGAGCCACAACCAGAUCUCUGACUUCCCCUGGGGGGACCUGCAGAACCUCACUGCCUUGCAGCAACUGAAGUUCAGCUACAACCGCUUGGAAAGGGUUCCCCCAGGGGCCUUCCACACGCUCACGGCCUUGAGGUCUCUCUGGCUGAGCGACAACCGCCUGACUGUCCUCUCCGAGGGCACGUUCGACUCGCUGUCCCAGUUGUCGCACCUGCAAAUCAACAGCAACCCCUUCGACUGCUCCUGCAAGAGCUGGUGGUUGAGGAACUGGCUGGAGAAGACGCCGGUUUCCGUCCCAGAGAGGGAGUCCAUCACAUGUGCUGCUCCGGAAAAGCUGAAGGGGCUUGUUCUUGGGAAGACCCUGAAGCUGGACUGUGCGCUCCCGUCGGUGAAGCUGGUGUACCACUCCAGCCUGGGGAACAGCGUCUUGCAUGACGGGCUGACGCUUCAUUUGCACUGCAGUGUGGUGGGGAAGCCCCCACCCCAGAUCCAGUGGAGAAUCCAGACCUCCACUCAAAACGUCGUGCUGAGUGGGCCGAACGUCGAGGGGCAGGGGGACAACUCGGUUGUGGGGGUGACUCCUGAGCAGAGUGAGGGACACCACCUGGUCUUCAAGAAUGGAUCCAUGGUCAUCUCCCGCUUCAGCAAGACUGACGAAGGCGUUUAUACCUGCCGGGGCUCGAAUGAGCUCGGAUCUCGCGAGGCCUCGGUCAGCGUGGGUUUGGCCAGCUCGGAGAAUCCCGCCACAGAUGUCCUCCAGAACAACAUCCAGUCCAGCAAGUCCAAAUCCAAACUUUGCGACAAAGAAGAGUACUCGAAGCCGGAAGAGAAGGUUGUGCUCAUCUACCUCACUCCCGUAGCGCCAAAGACGAGCAGCGGAGGAACUCCACGGGAGCCGUGGUACUGGGGUAGCCUCUUUCUGCUUUUCUUGCUCGCCCUUUAGAGAGGAAGUGCCUGUAAUCCAGCAUCCCAUGUAGAAAAAUAGGGCUUUGGAUUUGCAGGCGAAACUGAGAUGUGUCUUUUAAACCACGUGGGGUCUGUGCAAGGCUUCUGCCUCAGUAUGAAAGUUAGGCAUGCCACUUUUG